CGAAACGUUCACGGUCAAUCCACUUUUAAAGUUCGUGCUUCAUAUUUUAGAAAAUCAUGGCUAACGUUCCAACGAUUACUUUUAAUAAUGGAAAUAAAUUUCCAAUGUUCGGGUUAGGAACAUGGAAAUCCGAACCAGGAAAAGUUACUCAAGCUGUGAAAGAUGCCAUCGAUGCCGGUUAUCGACAUCUUGAUUGCGCUCACGUUUACGAAAAUGAACCGGAAGUAGGAGCUGGGAUUGCUGCGAAAAUAUCGGAGGGAGUCGUAAAAAGAGAAGAUCUUUUUAUUACGAGCAAAUUAUGGAAUACUUAUCAUAACCCGGAAGCCGUUGAGCCGGCUUUAAAAGUAACAUUAAAAAAUUUAGGAUUGGAUUAUUUAGAUUUAUAUCUAAUUCAUUGGCCGUUUGCUUUUAAGGAUGGAGAUGUAUUAUUUCCAUUAAACGCAAAUAAAAAAAUCGAAUUUGCUGACCACGAUUUUGUCCCAACUUGGAAAGCCAUGGAGGCACUUUACAAAAAAGGCUUAGUUAAAAACAUAGGAAUUUCUAAUUUCAACAAAGACCAAAUUGAACGUCUCCUUGAAUCCGCGGAAGUGGUCCCACAAACCAAUCAAGUCGAAUGCUCACCGUUUUUGAAUCAACUUCCUUUGAGUGAUUAUUGCCGGUCGAAAAAUAUAACAAUAACCGCUUAUAGCCCCUUGGGAAGCGGGGACAAAAAGUUGUUGGAAGAUAGCAAAUUUGAAAGCAUGGCUAAGAAAUACGGGAAAAGUGUGGCCCAAAUUUUAAUUAAAUAUCAAGUUCAACGCGGGCAUAUCGUUAUUCCUAAAUCGGUUACGAAAAGUAGGAUUAUCGAGAACUAUAAUAUUUGGGAUUUCGAAAUUAGCAAGGAAGAUAUGGGGGAAUUGAAUAAUAUGGAUAUUAAUUUGAGAACUUGCCCUUUUAGUGAAUCGAAAGAUGCUAAAUUGUAUCCGUUUAACGCUAAAUAUUAAACGGAAAUUUAUUAUACAAAACUUAUCAAUAUAAUAAAAAUGUUUAACCAUUAA